AGACGUGAACGCUGAUUUACGUAAACAACAUAUAAGAGUAACCCCUAAGAUCAAUCUGAAUUUACACAGUGUCCACAGUACAAUUUAUUUUGAAGAUCUAGAGGUGGAUUUCCCAAAGAAAAGACCAAAUGAACCCAGCUUAACCAAACCCGAAGGAGAAGAUAAACUAGACUCUUUUCAUUUAAUUAAACAUAUCAACACUGCUUGGACACCUUUAUUGCAAGACCAAGCCUCAAAACAUCACAUGUUCCCGAUCAUUCCGCAUUGCCAGUACCUGGAAAUUAACACAUCUACAGACACGUCACUAGUAGACACACUAAUCAAUACCUGGAUGGAUGUAUUGAACACUACAGUAGUACCGGAUAAUGACUCCAACUUCCUAGAACAGGGUGGAACUUCGUUUGCCGCAGUGUUUUUAGUAUCAAAGUUGCGAAGACUUCACAGCGUAAAUAUAUCCAUCAUAGACUUACUGAAGAACCCUAAUUUUGGAGUCUUUAUGAAUAUUGUCCUCAGCGCAGAUAAGAUAGCAGAAACCAAAUGUGAACCCCGAACAAAUAGUAGAAAGGAAGGGAAUAUAUCCAAUGCUCAACAGAGAAUGAUAGUUAUGCAGGAAUCCGCACCGUUGUCAACAUCUUAUGUAGAAACAGCAGUUGUAGUUACUUCAACUGAUCGACCCGUGGACGCAAGGGAAACAUUUCAAGCUCUUCUUCAAGUUCAUCCAAUUCUUACUAGUAAAAUCAAGGCUGCUCAAAACCAACAAAGCUUCUUCAUGACACCUGAUCAUGAAAUGAAAGUUGAUGUAACUGAGGAACAAGUAUCGUGUGACGAUAUCGUGAAGUACAUAUCAGACACAAUUCCCUUAAUACAAGUUUUAUCAUCCCCGCUGGCAAUUUUUCGUAAAAUAAUCUAUAGAAAUCAAACUUUUAUGGUGGUGCACGUGCAUCAUAUCAUAUGUGACGAGGUCACGCUCUCUUCUAUCAAAGAAACUGUGGUCAAUAUACUCCAGCGAAGCUUUCUGGAUCAAGUAAAAGACGGUGAUGCAUACCAGUUAUAUUUGCAAUCAGAACAUGAUUAUCGCAAAUCAAAUCAAUUCGCCGAAGAUGGUUAUUUCUGGCAAAAGCUGUAUUUAACAAUUCCACCAACUUCCACGCUUUCCAAUUUACCAGAGGGGCAAAGUUUAUUCAAUGAUUCAAGAGUAUACCAAGCUAAGCAUCACUUCGCAGACCUACCAAAUGAAGUUCUCGGUCUUAUUAAGGAGCUAAAACUAACUGAAUUCCAAUAUUACCUUGCUUGCUCUGUCAUUGUCAUUCAGAGAUAUCUUGGAACAGAAGAAAUAGCAUUAGCCGUACCUGUUACCACUAGAUCAUUCCAAUUCAAGAAGUCGGAUGGAUUAUUUGUCAAUACGAUCAUUCCAAAAUUUACCAGCGACGGAAAUGUUUGUCUGGUUGAAAAUAUCAAACACAUUGCAGAAACGUGGCUUCAAGCUAUGGACCACUCACAUUAUCCAUUGGACGAGCUCUCCAGAUACUUAUGGCAGCAACACAAUCAAAGCUUUAGUUCAUUCUGCAAUGUCAUGUUCAACUAUGUGUGUGCCGCCUCAGAUUCUUCAUUGAAUAUACCAGCUAAACAUGCUAAAAUGCCGCUAACCAUAAAUUUUGUUCAAGGCCAAAGCACAAACAAAACCCAGGUAUGGAUGGAAUGGGCGACAGAACUGGUUCCAGACAAUACAGCCAAAAGACUGUCAGCAAGCAUUGUAGAACUAAUAGCACAAUCUAGGAAUGAACUAGAAACACCGUUGUACAAGGCGCCAACUCUGUCAAAAUCCGAAACGCGGCUUAUUCAAUCUUUCAGCGAGUCUCGUAUUCCACAAGAUUACGACGAAGUACCAUGCCAUAUCACCUUUGAAAAACAUGUACAAUUAUACGGUAAUGAAAUUGCCAUCAUCUGUGAUGGACGAAGCCUUACAUACCAGGAACUUAAUAGCAAAGGUAACAAGAUUGCAGCCGGGAUUCUGAAUAUAGUUCAUCCACAAGAACUAAAGAAAAAACCUGUAGUUCUUCUCAUGAAGAAGGGCGAAGAAGCUAUCGCGUCUAUACUGGGAAUAUGGAAAGCCGGUGGACAUUUCCUACCAGUGUCGAUUUCCAACAGAUCAACAAUUAAGAACAUUUACCAGAGAGCUGAUCCAGCACUUGUAAUAACCACGGAAGACAUCGGGAGUCUUGUGAAAGAUUUUGGAAAAUCAACAUGUCCAGUACUUAGUGUUGAUGAUGUUAGUGGGGAAUCAGAUCAUAAAUACAUUAUUGAACAAUCAAUUGAAGAUAUAGCCUAUGUUAUAAGGACCUCGGGGUCGACAGGUACACCAAAGCAGUGUAAAGUUAGUCACAGAAGCCUCCAAAUCAUGUCAACGGCCUGGAAAGAAAUCUACAAAAUGGACAAAUUCAAAGUUAAUAUUCUGCAAUGGGCGCCUUUAUCAUUCGAUGUUUUUGUUGGUGAUCUGACCAGAGCCCUGGUAUCUGUUCCAGGUACCAUGGUUAUAUGUUCCGAUGAAAGGAGGCUUGACAUUCCCUGCAUCCUCAACUUAAUCAAAGUCAACAACAUAUCUUUAGUUGAAGUAACACCUCAAUUCGGACAGCAGAUUGUUGAAAAUGCCGAUAUUGGGGAUCUUGACUCUCUACAGAUUUUGAUUCUAGGGUCUGAUGCUGUAAAGAGCCAUCUUUUCACAAGGGUUAAAAAUCAACUUAAACCUAACCAACGCCUCAUUAAUAGUUAUGGUAUGACAGAAGCCACGAUUGAUUCGGCGUGCUUUGAAGGAGACCCACCGGUGACUAGAAGCGGUACAGUGCCCAUAGGCAAACCUCUUCCAGGUGUUAAACUACAAAUUCUGAAUCCUAAAACACUACAACCGUGUCCAAUCGGAACCGUGGGUGAACUAUACAUAGGUGGCGAUAUACUUGCUUCGGGAGACGUAGAAGUUGUUUCAGUUGAUGGUCUGAAUACAAACAAUCUUAAAACUGGUGAUUCCGCGUGCUGGUUACCGAGUGGAGAUAUUGAACUAUUGGGAAGGUUAGACAAUGUCAUGAAACUUCGGGGAUUUAGGAUCAGUUCAACCGAAAUUGAGAACAAAAUCAUUUCGAAAAAUCCUGAGAUAAAAUCGGUUUGCGUGACCCCAGUAACCAGUGAAAAUGAUGUUGAAUUUUUAUGCGCUUUUGUCGUGUUGAAUGGCGUAAAUGACGGUGACAUAUCCAAGAAAACAUUAGGAGACAGAAUGAAAGGUGAUUUGCCUUACUACAUGAUACCAGAUGUAGUUCACAUUAUAAAGAAAAUACCAUUAACCACCAAUGGAAAGGUCAACAUCAAAGCCUUGCCAACAUUACCAAAUCUUUUCAGGGCAUCUGAAAAACAUACGCAAGCUUAUGAAUCAAAACCAUCAAGUCUGUCCACUCUCAAGGGGCUGUUCACGGAAGCUAUGUGUUUAGCUAACAUUGAUGACGUGGAUACAGAGCAAACGUUCAUGGAACAAGGUGGCCAUUCUCUAACCCUGCUUCGUUUCUCAACAUUGAUAAAACAGCGUACAGACUACACAAUAAGCAUCGCAGACAUAUUUUCCUACCCAAGUCUCUCAACACUUUCCAGAUUCAUUGAUGAAAACCAAAAAACUGAAGACAUCUCCGAGUCACCAAAAACAACCGACACAGCUGGAGAACAUAUAGAUAUUGCUAUCACCGGAGUUGGAAUGAGGUUACCUGGUGACAUUUCUUCGAUUUCUGAACUUUGGAAGGUUCUAACACAUGGUGAAGAUUUGAUAAGAGAAUUCCCAGCUAGCAGAAAAGAUGAUGCACUGAAAUGCAUGAAUUCUACAACAUCUGAAGCGUUAUCGGCUUGCGACACUUUCCAGGGAUCAUUUCUCGACAGUAUUGACCAUUUCGAUAGCCAGUUCUUCAAAAUCCCUCCUGGUGAAGCUAAAUACAUGUCUCCUGAACAAAGGCUGUUUUUACAAGUAGCCACAGAAGCUUUAUCCGAAGGGAGAAAUAUAGACAAAAUUAAGGGGUCGAAAGUUGGGGUUUUUGUUAGUAAUUCGGAAAUUAGCUAUGCAGAACUUGAUCUACCAGAUGAAGCAAUAAGUAUCUCUGGAUUGAUGCCUGGGAUGAUUGCCACAAGAGUAGCCUAUCAGUUUGAUCUGAAAGGACCAACACUAUUGGUGGAUACAGCAUGUUCCUCCUCACUGAUGGCUCUCAAAUUAGCAUGUGAAUCAAUACAAAAGGGAGAAUGUGACGGAGCCCUGGUCGGUGGUGCCAAUCUUGUACUUUACCCAGCAAGAACAGGAGUAUUCGGGGAAACUGGUAUACUUUCGCCAGACUUUCAUUGCAAAGCUUUUGACCGAGAUGCUACUGGCACUGCAGUGGGCGAGGGAGUGAUGUGUAUCUAUGUAGAACCACUCAAAGCCGCUACACAAAAAGGAAAACCAAUUUACGGAGUAUUGAAAGGCGUUGCUUCAAACAGUGUUGGCCACGGAAAUGGCAUCACUGCACCUACAUCUGCUUCACAGAAACAAGUAAUCGAAUCGGCAUUAAAACUAAGUCAAAUGGCGCCAUCGGACAUUUCAUUUAUUGAGGCCCACGGGACCGGCACUAAACUUGGGGACAAAAUAGAAUUAUCCGCAUUGUCUUCAGUUUUCUCCCCCAAGGCUGGUGUUCGGGACAUUCCAAUUGGUGCUGCAAAGAGCAUAUUUGGACAUUUAGAUUCCGCUGCUGGGAUGAUUGGAAUCUUAAAAGUUCUAGCUUCAAUGAUGUUUAAGAAGAUACCACCUACCGCACAUUUCAAGAAUCCACAUUCCGAACUUGUUGAUUCGUUAUUGGCAGUUCCUGCGAAGACAACUGUCUGGCCAUCUAAUGUGAAUCGGUCACGUGCAGCUGGAAUAAGCUCUUUUGGCUUGACUGGCACCAACUGUCAUGCCAUUAUCUCACAAAGUCAGCCCUUAGGACAGAUCAAUGACAAUAAUAUCACAUCACCGCUUCUUUUGACCGGAAAUGAUCAUAACCAGAUACAGAAUCAGAUCCGGCGCCACAUAACUUUCAUUGAAGAGACUGUCGUUAAUGCAGGAAUCAACACUAUAUCCAGUUUAUGCGUUGCUGUGGCAAACAGAAUUCGAGAUUUGGGACAAGCAAAACUAGGCUACAUGACGCUGAAACUGGCAAUAUACCUUAAAUCCCACACACAAGCUCUAAAAGUUUUAGAACUCCUUAAUUCAUGUAACGAUAUGGACGACAUGGCUAACCUAGCAGAUGUGCGAAGUGACAUUGGAGUAAACUUUUUAAAACAAAGACGAGAAGCAAAUCAGGGUGUUGAAGAUUUUCUGACAAGUGGAACCGUGAACCUUGAUUUACUGUUCGGAGAUGAUAAACCAGUACCGGCGCGGGGUGUUUAUCUAGAAAUGUUCAAUCCAAAAAGGCAUUGGUGUGAUCCAAGUUCUUCUUCUCCAACUGAAAAAGUCGGACUUCUUAAUAUUUUAGAAACUAAGUUGAGCGAUGCACGUGAAAUGGUACGAAGUUUGCCUUUGGCGGCUUCUGAAGAAUUAAGGGAACUCGAAGGAAAGUUCUGUGUAGCUAUAGUAAUUAAACUUCUUAUGACUACCAAGCUGAAUCAGUACUUGAAACAGUCUUCAGAAGUAUCCUUAAAGACCAUCUUCAAAGAGACUGGAAUGCUGCCAAAGUACGAUAAAUUAUUUUAUGUCAUGAUUAGAGAGCUGUAUGACAACCAUGUUGUAAUACCAACUGGAAACGACAAAUCUAUCCAUUGCUUAGAUACCUUUAGAUUUUAUUGUGAACAUUUACUUGAUGCUAAUCCCGAACCUAUAGCUCAAUAUGCCAUGGAGAAAUAUCCAGCUUGGUCAGAUUGCUUCAGAUUUCCUCUCUACUGUUCCCAGUAUUUGACAAAAGUCCUGUGGGGCAAUAUGAGUCCUCUUUCAGUCAUCUACCCCCAGGGAGAUCUGAACUACAUGUACCAAUUUGAUAAACUAGGAGAUCUGAUUGGAGAUGUUUACUACAAUAUGUACAUGCAGUUGAUUGCCGCUUAUGCUAAACAGCUGUCCGGUCGUGGUAGAAAGGUUAGAAUCCUUGAGGUUGGAGCUGGCAUGGGUCACGUAACAAGACAACUGAUACCUAAAUUGAAAGAUAUGCCGAACAUUGAAUACUGGUUUACAGAUCUUGGUAAGGCAUUUGUAGAAAAUGCGAAGACUUUAUUCGAAGAUUACCUGCACAUGAUGAAGUUCUCCACAUUCGACAUUACCAAGAGUGCUCCCAAGCAGGGAUUACUAGGCUGCUAUGAUAUAGUCAUUUCAUAUAAUGUUAUCCACACCACUGAAAGUGUCAUGGAUUCUGUCAUAAACCUAAAAUCUUGCCUGGGUGAAGAUGGUACUCUAUUUAUUAUCGAGAGUGCCAAGAAUGAAACAUGGGCUACUUUGGCUUGGGGUAUUUUAGAUGGAUGGUGGUAUUUUAAAGACUAUGAUUUGAGACCAGAUGAACCAAUGAUGGAACCUGAAAAAUGGGAAAGAGUUCUGAAAGGAAGUGGAUUUGGAUCAGUCCAUUCCUGUCCUGUUGACCAAUUUGAAAGAGAUCAAGUAGAGAAGUUCUUAUUUGUAUGCAGUGCUAAGCCCCUAGUUGGAGAACUUCAGCAGCUACCAGGUUGGUGGGAGACCAUUGAUCUGAAGACACGACGUCAUCAAGACCUGGAGGAUGAAGUGUGUAAGAGUACCGAUACUGGUGUUGAAGAUGCUCCUGUUGAACGAACGGCAGUUCACGGAGAAUUGAAACAAAUCUGGUGCGAACUGUUCGGAAUAGACAAUAUCAAACCAGGUGAUGAGUUCAAUUCGCUUGGAGGAGAAUCCUUACUGGCUAUUCAGAUGAUGACUAUGGUUAGAAAGAGAAUUGGAUAUCAACUAGAGAUUGCAGAUACAUUUGGGUAUCCAUCUUUGGGUGGCUUAGCUGACUUUAUUGCUGAUAAAUUGGAAGAUGGAGUUGAAAUUGAAAUGGGUGACACGGAGCAAUGGUCUAAUAUAUCAACCCCAUCUAGCCUAUCGGAAAUCGACGAGAAUGAGUGUGUUAGCACAAUGCUAAUGUUUCCGGGCCAAGGUUCACAAAAGCCAGGAAUGUGCGUCUCCAUGAAGGACAGUCCUGAAGCUAGAGCUGUUUUCAAUGAAGCCGCUAAAAUUUUGGGAUACAACAUUUUAGAGAUGUUUCUGCAAAACGACAAGAAUCUUGCUGAAAAAUUAAAAUCCACCGAGUUCGUUCAGGUUGCCCUUCUUGUCGGUUGUCUGGCGAAGACUGAACAAAUAAAAGCAGAAAACCCUGAAAAACUGAACAAUAUUACUUACGUGUCUGGAUUAAGUGUCGGCGAAUUUGCUGCAUUAGUUUACUCGAAAGUUAUCAGUUUUGAAGAAGCUUUAAAGAUUGUUCAAGUGCGCGGCCAUGCUAUGGAAAACGAAGUACAUCGUUCCGCUACCGGCAUGGUCAGCGUGUUUGGGCCAAGUACUGACAAACUACAGAAAUUUUUAAAUGAAAAAUUCUCGCAUGUCAAAAUAUCCACGUAUCUUGCGGAUAACCAACACACUGUUGCCGGAACAGAAUCGGAGACAGAAGAACUCGUACGUGUUCUUUCCGGUGAGCUGAAAGACGAUAUGGACAUUAUUGAUGUAAGAAAACUUAGAGUUGCUGGUGCUUUUCACUCCACGUAUAUGAAACCUGCUUCCGAAAUUGUCGAUCCUAUUAUAGAAUCGGUAGAAUUUUCUAAACCGACAGUUCCAUUAAUUAUGAACGUCACCGGAGAAGUAGUAAACGACCCUGUAGAGAUUAAGUCUUUUGUGUGCGAACAAUUGGUAGCUCCGGUUUUAUGGAAACAGUCUGUAAUUACUGCCUAUGAAGCCGGUGUAACGAACUUUGUCGAGGUAGCCCCAGCCAGAGUUAUAUCGUCCAUUGUGAAAAACCGAAUAGCGUCUGUUAAAAACUGCACCGUGGACCUAAUUGUUGUUUAAAUAUUCUGAUAACAGUCAAGAAAUAUUUAUAUGUAAAGUAAUUUUAAUUAACUGUAGUUUGUGUAGACUACUCAGAAAAAUAAUGAAAAAAACAAGGAUUAUAUAUUUAAUUGAGGUUUAAAUACUAUUACAAUGGAUAUAAUUUAAAAUUUUGCUAAAUUACCCUUGUUCUGUUACAAGGGAUCUAUUUUCUCAGUAACCGGGCAGUGUUUAAAAUGUACAAUCUAGUUUCGCACAUUGUGGUACAAAGAAUGGUAUACGUUUCGGCCGAAUAUUUAUCAUAGGUAUUACUAUUUUAUAAACACAUACAAAUAUAAAAGAAGCUAUUAUGUGUGUUUAUUAAUGGCCACAACUUAAGGUACCUUCAGGUCAGAAUAAAUGUUAAAUACCGAGUUUAAGGUCUUCGAUAAUAAAAACAAAAACACCCAAAAAACAGAAACAUUUUGGUCAUCGCUAGCCUGCGAUAUUUACUGGAUUACUGCAUAUUUUUGACUUUUCACAUGCCUUUAACUUUAAAAUUGAACUAGUCAAUUUGAAUUGUAUUUUGUUGUUAAAGAACGAGUACGGUAGUUGUGAUUUUUGUAUCUUUUAAACACUACUUGCUUAUUGUAGCAAUUAAUUACUUUUAUUUAAAUGUAUAUACUCUUUUACGUUCUUAUCCUCAUUUAGACCGGAUUGGGUUUUUGCCUUUGUUUUCUGAUUUUGUUUUCUUUGUUAUACAUUUUGAAAUUUUGAAAUUUUGAAGUUACUGAAAAUAUUUGACUUAUGUUAUAUUUAUAGCUCAUAUUUAUAUUUAUAUUUAUAACAUAUUUAUUUAUGUUAUAUUUAUAACGAAUGAAAUGUGCUAUAAAUGACUUGUAACAUUGACACCUGCUCAACAUGCUUGUUGAUAUUGCACAGAAAACCCACCCCACUUCUCUAUAUGAUUUCUACUAAAACUAGUGUAAACCGGCAAAAGAGUGCAAUAACAUUGAACAUGUCUAGUUAUUGCACGGUUAAGCUCCAUCCAAUCUACUAGAGGGAAAACAGUCUGCUUAUUCAACGAAAAGAACAUAGGAAGAUUCCCCGUCCAUGUUACGUACAAUGUAUAUUUAUUGCACAUUUGUUUAGAUAUCCAUAAGCUUGUAAUUGUGGUGACAAUUAUCACAUGAUAACAACGUGAUAUCUUUUUUGAUAAUACUUGUACAUUUGUUUAUGAAAUGUUGAUGUAUUUGUUAAAGAUACAUUAUGGGAGAUUCGAUAACGAGUUGGCAGUUCUCACUAUAAUAGUUAAAAACUAGAUAACGUAAAGCAAUUUGCUGAAAAUUUCAUUCAAAUUGAUCCACUAUGAACCGAAAACUAAGCGAAUGAAAUUUCUGCCUAGCCUCGGUCAUCUUUACUAAAGUCAGUACGGUAAACAGCCUAGUCUCGAUUAUCCAUUUAAUCGAGAAGGAAAGUUAUGCAGUAAAUCGGCUCACAAUCCACUUAAAAUCGGAGGCUAGCGCUGCCAUCUAGAGUUGAUUAUGGUCUGGAUAAGUUAAUUAAUGUCUAAUUAAUAAUUUAGAUAACAUUUCAGGCCUAAAUAAAGACCUGCAAUAGACAGAUUUAGCUCUUGCAUAAUGUAUGUUUAAUAUUUUUAUUUAAAUAUUUAGCGUGAUAUAUUAACCAACUAGGGCGUAAACACUAUUGUAACAAUUUAUUACAUUUAUUUACAUGUUUACGGUUUUUACGGUUUUAUCAUUCCGUAAUAAUUAAUAUAAUCUUACCUUUUUUCAUAGAUCACUUUACUUUUUUUGUCUUUUUUUUUAUGAUAUUUCUUUAAGGAUACAUUAUAGGGGAUUCGAUAACGAGUUGGCAGUUCUUACUAUAAUGGUUACAAACUAGAUAAUGUAAAGGCAAUUUGCUGAACAUUUCAUUCAAAUUGAUCCACUAUGAACCGAGAACUAAGCGGUUGAAAUGUCAGUACGAUAAACCGAAUAGACUCGAUUAUCCAUUUAAUCGUUAAAUCUUGAAGGAAACUUAUGCAGUAAAUCGGCUCAUAAUCCACUAAAGAUCGCAGGCUAGCGAUGCCAUCUAGAGUUGAUUAUGGUCUGGAUAGGUUAAUUAAUGUCUAAUUAAUAAUUUAGAUAGCAUUUCAGGCCUAAAGAAAGACCUGCAAUAGACAGAUUUAUCUCUUGCAUAAUGUAUGUUUAAUUUACCCUUUUGACAUUUUGAAGGCAAUGGAAAUAUUAGGCCUGUUGUGCAUAAUGGUAUUUUGUUUAUGUUUUAAAAAAAAACAUAUUUACAUUUUUAUUUUGUUGAUAAAUUUUACGUGAUAAUAAAACUGAUAUAUUAUUUGA